AAUACUGUUCAAGUGCAUGACAGCUUUCUAAUGUUUGUAGUGGUAACAUUGCAGUAGUGUUGCAUUGUUUCAGUUGCCAAACGUGGACUUUGAGAAAGGAUGGCCUCCCAGCAGAAGUCGCGUACCAUUGUGCCAUACAGCUUCGAGCCAGUAUAUACCGAUGGUCAGCGUCCACCUAAACGAGCACGCAGAUGCAGCAGUAGCAGUGAGGAGGAUGAUGCUUGUGUGACCGCAGAUGAAGACAUGAAAUGGUGCACAUGCCAGCUCUGCAUACCAAUGAGUACUGCACGUGAAUGUUACUGCUGUGCAUCAUCGACCCGUGCCAAAGCCAAAAUCAUUGAAAUUCAGCCACCACCACAUUGCAUUACUGCACAUCCACUAUUUGAAAGUACUUGCCUAACGACACAUAUGCUACACAUCCUUAUGCGAGCCAUGUACUACUUCAAAGGUCAUUUUCAACGUACACAGUGGACAAACAGAGUAUACAGAUUCGUUGCCUACCGAGCAUAUGUGCUAUGGAUGUACGAUAAUAAAAAACUUGGUUAUGGUCAUCAAGUGGUCAUCCCCUCAUGUGUUGUGAACAGUAUACGGCAAAGAUUCCCCUCGGAGGAAAAUGAUUAUGUUGGCUUUCAGGCUUUUGAAGGUUUUUGGGAGUUUCCAGAGUAG